AUGUCAUUUGUUUUUAAGGGCCAACCAGGAGAUCCAGGUCCUAAAGGUGUUCCAGGACCACUGGGACACAGAGGAUUAUCGGGUCAUGAUGGCAGAGAUGGAUUUGGACCUGCAGGACGUAAAGGUGCAAAGGGAGAUCCUGGUUUUCCUGGUUUCCCUGGUCUUGGGGGCGAGGAUGGUCUGCAGGGACCUAAAGGAUAUCCAGGACGCAAAGGGAACCCUGGUCGAAAUGGGAAUUCAGGCUGGCCGGGAGAAUCAGGAGUGACUGGAGAUCCAGGAAGUCCAGGACACAAAGGGCCCAGAGGUCUUCCUGGAGGCAGACAAAAGACUGAGUGUGACAUGAUCAACUUCAUCAGAGACAACUGUGCUUGUUCCCAGGGUCAGUCACUGUGUCCGGCCUAUCCCACUGAGCUGGUGUUCGGUCUGGACAUGUCAGAUGAUGUGACGCCGGCCGCCUUCGAGAGGCAGCGCUCGGCUCUUCUCACCCUGCUGAAGAACAUGAACAUCGCUGAGAGCAACUGUCCGAACGGCGCUCGCGUGGCCGUGGUGGGAUACAGCGACUACACCAAGUACCUGAUCCGCUUCCAGGACUACCGCCGUAAGACUCAGCUGGAAGACGCCGUGAGGAACAUUGCCCUGGAGAGGACCACGAGCCGGCGCCACCUGGGGGCCGCCAUGCAGUUUGUAGGUCAGCACAUUUUCAAACGGGUCCGUUCAGGCCUGAUGAUGAGGAGGGUGGCCAUCUUCUUCUCCAACGAUGAAUCAGAGGACACCAAUGAGAUUGUCACAGCUGUAAUGGCGUACCGAGGUCUUAACAUCGUCCCGGCAAUCAUCGCUCUCAGGAAUGCCGCUAAUAUUAGACAAGCGAUGGAGGUUGACGACACUGGAAACUCCAUCUACACGGUGCUGAGGAGGCAGCAGGACCAAGCUGCUGACCUGAGGAAGAUCAAGAACUGUGCAAUCUGUUACGACCCGUGCAGACGUCUAGAGGAGUGCCUCUUCAUCCAGGAGCCGGUGCGUCCUCAGGAGGUUGACGUGGACUUGGUCAUGGUGGCCGACAGCUCCAGGGAGAUACAGGCUGACCAGUACGCCGGCGUCCAGCAGCUUCUGGGUUCUGUGGUGGAGCAGCUGGCUGUGAGCCCUCAGCCCCGCCGGGCCGGCAACAAGGCCCGAGUGGCCGUGGUCCAGCAGGGAGGUGCCCGGUCCGCCAAGGUGGAGUUCAACCUGGAGACCUUCCAGACCCAGGAGCUGAUGAGGAUGCACCUGACCCAGAAGAUGCGGCAGCAGGGCGGCUCCUCUGCGCUGGGACGGACACUGGACUACAUCCUGAAGGAGGGCCUGCUGAAGGCCGGCCAGCCGUCCAGGAGGAGGGCUUUGCUAGCUGUGGUGGGAACCUCGACGGCCUGGGAGGACCAGGCCAGGCUGCACUACGUCUCCCAGAAGGCCAAGUGCGAGGGGGUGGCGCUGUUCGUGGUGACGGUCGGCGAUCACUACAACCGGACGCAGGUGGAGGAGCUGGCUAGUCUGCCCCUACAGCAGCACCUGAUCCACGUCAGCAGGCUGAAGGCCGGCGAGCAGGGCUACGCCCAGCGCUUCUUCAGAGUCUUCCUGUCCACCCUCAGCAAGGGGAUUAACUCGUAUCCUCCACCUUCACUGCAGCCAACCUGCAGGCAGCUGACAGGCCAGGACGACUCUCUGCUCUUCUAUUACGGUCAGGGCUCUGCAGAGCUGGAGGAGGAGAUCAACGAUGACGCUCAGGUCGGAAUGUCGUUCCCGACGGUUCAGCUGGACGCCAUCAACUCUGUGAGAAGAGUAGACAGACAGAGUCCACAGGCAGCAGCUGGAUUUACUGAUGUGAAAAUCAUGCCGAUGACACCACUGGACAGCGCUGUCUCUAAAGACAUCUGUCUGCUCAAAGGGGACGCCGGCAGCUGCCAGGAUUACACCCUGAUGUGGUUCUACGACAGCAAGCGUGGCGUUUGCUCUCGCUUCUGGUACGGCGGCUGCGGCGGCAACAAGAACCGCUUCAUGACGCAGAAGGAGUGCGAGAAACUGUGUGUGAGGAAGAGCUGAUGAAGAGGAGGAGGAAAUCUGAACCAGGAACCUUUAACAACACGUUCUUGUUCAAGGAGGAACACCAAACCUUCAUCCGCUCUGCAACGGUUAAACUGCCAACCUCAGCACACGAGGGAACUGUGGGAGCUCCUCAUCACCAGGAGCUACUUUCUGCAUGUUCUGUUUCUGAUCUGUGAGGAACUCUCUCUGGAGCUUCCAGUCGGACUGAAUCCACCUGUUACCGACUGAACACCUCCUCCAGGACCUUUUCACGAGUUUAGGUGCUAUUUUCUUCAACAGAAACUGGAAACACUGACAUGCAGGUGUCACUCACUGCUACAAAUAUUCUCUCAUACUUUGUACUAGUGUCUAAUUAAAAGGUGUAUUCCAGAUACAACAUAUUGUC